AUGGCGAGAAACCCCCCCGUCGAAAUCCUCUUCCUACUACUAGAUGAACUAGAAUACACCUCAGAUCAGCUGCCGCUGCUGCAAGUCUGUCGCAACUGGAACAUCGCCCUAUGCGCCCAGGUUCUGCAGAGGAAUCCCCGGUUAAGGCCUCUUGUACAAGAACUCCACUGCCCAUUCCUCCAUAGCCGCGAGGAUGACGAAUCGGGUUUCUAUAACCGGGCCCUUUUCCACGAGCUUCUACAAUCUUUCACGGAUACCGACAACGAACUAGUUGCCUGGGAAAAGAAGCUAGAUGAGAUGGAUUGCUUUGCUUGGCUGGCAGUACUCCUGGUUUUACUACCCAAUCUACGGCUUCUUGACUUGGAGUGGACCUGGUGUGGCGUGGCUACAGAGACAACUGUUUGGGCCGUCUCAAGGAUAGCAAGCAAAUCCCCCCAGGGCAGCUUACCAUUGCAAAAGCUGCAGAAGGUCUCCACCAGAGCCAGUGACAUGAACGAUAGAUUCUCAAUUAAGCACUUUAUUCCGUUUCUUACCCUGCCGUCCAUGCAAGCCCUUCACCUCGAUGGCUGUAUCGAUAUCGAUACACCAGACGACAGAGGUGAUGUUUUUGAGAUUCCCUUAGAGCUCAGGCCUGGAAUAUCGCCAAUACGUGAGCUUUCAUUGCAGGAGUCGAACUUCGACAACGGGUUGCGCGAGCUUAUACCAGCUUUUGCCCAGCUCGAGCGGUUUGAGUACCAGCAUACAAACAUCGCUGAAGUAAACGAGAACCAUAGAAACUACCGAUGUCACAAUUUUCGAGAUGCGCUAUUGUGUCAAAAGAGGAGCCUGCGCGAGCUACGGCUGAAUGAUGUAGGUGUCACGAAAUCUAUUGGUAUAGAGGAGUUUUCGGAUGAAUAUAGUGAUUAUAUUCAGGAAUCAAAAGCACAGGAUUGGUUCGGCAGCUUGGUCGAGUUUAUAGUUCUGAAGGAGCUGAGGAUGCCGGUGUAUAAUCUACUAGGUUCAGUGGAUGGGUCAGAGCCCAGUAUAUCUCUGGACAAGAUUCUGCCCCCGAGCCUGGAGACUCUUGUUCUUACAAAGGUUGAUUUCACGGAUUACUCAAUGAUCGAGGGCCAGCUAUGGCGCCUGCUGGCUGCCAGGCAUCAGCAGUUCCCCAGCCUGCGCAAGAUACUCCUACAGACCUUUCAGUUGGAGGUUGUUGAUUAUGACGAAACGCGUUGGGAAGAGUACGAUCGGGAAGAGUAUGACCUGGAGAUUCCAGAGCGCGCGAGAACAGUCUUUGCUGGUGUUGCGAGCAGCUGUAAAGAGCAGGGCAUUGUCUUUGACUUCUCCCGGUAUGGGGACCACGAGGUUGUGGCUAAUGGGGAGGUCGUGCGAGAAGUGAACGAGAUUUACAGCCAGACUCGUCAGUUCCACUACUAA